AUGAAUUUUCAAGAGAGGCUUCGAAGCCUGUGGACUCUAUCCUCUCGAGUUUGGGCUCCUCCUUUGCCGUGGAUGGGCGCCCCAAUGCACAAGGCUGCCCUCCCCUGCCUGAGUCUCAUCCUGCUUAUCUGGAGCCAGGGUCCAGGGGUCCAAGGCCAAGAAUUCCGAUUUGGGACCUGCCAAGUGGAGGGAGUAGUUUUCCAGGAACUGUGGGAAGCCUUCCGGGCCAUGAAGGACAUUGUGCAAUCUCAGGAUAAGAUCAAGAGUGUCCGGCUGCUGCGGAAAGAGGUUCUGCAGAACAUCUCGGAUGCUGAGAGCUGUUACCUCAUCCGUGCCUUGCUGAACUUCUACUUGAAUACCGUUUUCAAAAACUAUCAUAAGAAGGCAGCUGAAUUCAGGAUCCAGAAGUCAUUCUCUACUCUGGCCAACAAUUUUAUUGUCAUCCUGUCAAAACUGCAACCCAGUCAGGAGAAGUUUUCCACUAGUGAGAGUGCACGCAGGCGGUUCCUGCUGUUCCAGGGAGCAUUUAAACAGCUGGACAUAGAAGCAGCUCAGACCAAAGCCUUUGGAGAAGUGGACAUUCUUCUGACCUGGAUGCAAAAGUUCUACCAGCUCUAG